AUGAAGCCCCCGGCCCCAGCAGCUGUCGGGGCGCUGCUGGCCCUGGCCCUGCUGGCUCUCACCCACCUGCCCCCGGCCCCGGAGCACUCCCUGCUCCCGCUGCCGGCCUCGGCACCCCCAGCGCCCCCGAGGGAGGCGGCCGCCCCCCUAUCUGCAGGACAGGCCCACAGAAGAGGGCUCCCCGUGCCCCGCACUCGCCUGCAGCAGGAGCAGGCCCCCGGCAGGGGCAGGAGGCGGCGGGGGCUGGAGAGGGACGUUCCCCACAUUCCCCCUUGGCUCUCUGCCGACGACCUCCAGAAGAUGUGGCUGCUGUCCAGCGGGCAGGUGGUCUCCAAAUCCCGCGUUCCUGCCCACGGGCAGAUCAUGCGAGUGAGGCUGCGUGCCGAGGGGGAUGUCUUGCCAGCCAGCCCGGAAGGAGACUGCCAGGAUGGGCGCUGUGGGCUCAUCAAGCGCCCCGGGGACCUAUACGAGGUGCUGGCCUUCCACCUGGACAGGGUGCUGGGGCUGAACCGCAGCCUGCCCGCCGUGGCCCGGCGCUUCAGCAGCCGCCUCCUGCCCUACAGCUACACCGACGGCGCCCUACGGCCCAUCAUCUGGUGGGCUCCUGACCUGCAGCACCUGCAGGAUGCCAACAACGACCAGAACUCCUGUGCCCUGGGAUGGCUGCAGUACCAGGAGAUGCUGCAGCCCCACAGAGCGAUGCCGGUGGCCAGAGACACUCCCUGCUCCAGCAUCCCACGCCGCGAGUGGAGCCGCCUGGCCCUCUUUGACUUUCUUCUCCAGGUCCAUGACCGCCUGGACCGCUACUGCUGUGGCUUUCAGCCUGAUCCCUCUGAGCCCUGCGUGGAGGAGAUGCUCCAUGAGAAGUGCCGGAAUCCAGCAGAGCUGGUCCUGGUCCACAUCCUGGUCCGGAGGAGCGCGCCAUCCCGCCUGGUGUUCAUUGACAACGCGGGCAGGCCGCAGCACCCUGAGGAGAAGCUCAACUUCAGGCUCCUGCAAGGCAUAGGCAGCUUCCCAGCGGCAGCAGUGGCCAGGCUGCGGUCGGGCAGGUUGCAGAGCCUGCUGCUGCAGUCCCUGCGCCUGGACCGGGAGCUCUGGGAGAGCCAGGGGGGCGCCGAGGGGCUCAGACCCCUGCUCCAGACCAUUGACAGGCGGGCACAGAUCCUGCUGCGCCACAUCCAGGAGCACAACCUGACGGUGUUCGAGGACUCGCUGCGCUGAGCCGCCCCCCGGCUGGCUCACGGUGUCCCUGCACAUCCCAGCAGCCAUGGAUGUCCCUCCUGCCCUCGGCAUGGACGUUAUGAGGCUCCACGCUGG